AUGAUCGGCGGAGGAAGGGUUUACUGGGGGAAGAAGACGGAUAAAGAGAUGGACGACGGUGGAUCUAACGGCGUCGUUGUGAUCUUCGCUUGGAGUUCGAUUAACGAUAAUCAUCUCACGAAUUUCGUUGAUCUCUACUCUUCUCUAGGUUGGAAUUCGCUUGUUUGCCGAGCUGAUUUUCUCACUGCGUUUUACCCUGAAAUGGCUUUGUCUCUAGCGUUCCACCUUCUUUCUGAGCUCAUUGAGGAGCUAAAGAGCAGACCAUGUCCCGUUAUCUUUCUAGCUUUCUCUGGGGCUCCCAAGGCGUGCAUGUACAAAGUCUUACAGGUGAUCAUGGGUGAUUGUGAAGCUCAAAUUCAUCCGGAUGAUAGCCAGUUAGUUAGAAACUGUCUUUCUGGACAUGUCUACGACUCUGGUCCAUUGGAUUUUACGAGUGAUUUGAAUGUGAAAUUCGCACUUCAUCCCACCAUACGGCGAAUGUCUGGGCCUUCAAGACUAGUAUCUUGGGUGGCCAAAGGGAUUUCUUCCGGGCUUGACGGUCUAUAUCUUACAAGAUUUGAAUCCCAACGUAGUGAGUAUUGGCAGGCCCUUUACUCAUCGGUUGAAAUUGGGGCUCCGUAUCUCAUUUUGUGCUCCGAGAAUGAUGAACUUGCUCCCCACCAAGUGAUUUCGAGCUUCACCCAUCAUUUGCAGGAACUGGGAGGAGAAGUUAAGGUUGUCAAGUGGAAAAAUUCUCCUCAUGCAGAACACUACACGCAUAAUCCUAUACAAUACCGGGCUGUCAUCUCCAACUUUCUAGAAAAGGCCAUGUCAGUUCACUUGCAGAAAAUCCGGCAGCAUGGAGAAAGAGCUCGCACACAUGAUGAGAUCUCUGAGUUAAUAUGCAACCUUCAGAAAGCAGCUGUGAACUCUAACCAAAGCCUAAGAAGAGUGGCCACUGGGCCAAGUGACCACUUUUUCUUACCCAGCUCAGCGCCGUAUCAAAGCACCAUCAACAACAAUGAUCCAUCAUCUUCACAAGAAGAGCAGAGAGAAAGAUCAUCCUUCCGCCCACUCCAACCAAUGAGCAUAAACGCCCACAGCGUUCUCGGGCAAUUCCUGUUCGACUCAUGUGUUCCAAAGAACAUCGAAGGCUGGGAUAUCAGAUUUGGGGGAUCUCUGAACGGCCAACCAUAUGCCACUUCCCGGAGGAACUCAAAUCUUGGUUUCAAGAAACGCUUCCUCCGUUCAAGACUAUGA